UGUUGCCAGGUGACAUGACAUAAGAGCAAAUACACAAGUUCAGUUAUAGUUUCAAACUUGAAAACAAACUCGGAUUGAUUUCUUACUGAUACCGCCAAAAAACGAUCGCAGUACUUCGAUUGAAAGAAUAUGACAUGCAAAAGCUGUCCCAAGGACGAUGAGCUGGGCUCCUUUUUUCCGGGAUGCUUUGAGCGCGUCAGCGGCCAUUGCACCAAGAAGAAUCCCGGAAAUGUUCAGAAUCUACACAUCCUGGCCCACCGGGUGAUGCCCAAGUUUUUCGACGGCAUUGAACUGGAUUAUCUACACCGCCUGGCACCCAACAAGUACAUUACCGCUUCCUGGGUCCUGAGUCACGUGAGACCGGCCGGAUUCCGCUUCGGCGGACUCUACACAUUCCGGGUCAAAGAUGACACUAUGUUCUCUCCCACUAUUAUGGGAGACAUCCAUCCAACAUCCUUGGCCGCCAACCUGAACAUCCUGUACUAUCCUUUCGCCUCGCUGCGCAUGGAGGCCGUAAUGCAAAAGGCCAACGUGGAGAGUCCGGUGGAGAGUCAGUACACGAUCGAGUGGACGAGGCCGUGUGACACCUGGACCGCCAACUUCUACAACGUUCGAAACGAAAACGGACGCUGUACGCUCUCGAUGAUGCGAUCCGUGUCCGCCCACUGGGCCCUCGGGGGGGAGAUACUCCUCGAGUGGAACGAGCCAAAGAAAAUGAAUACGGACCUAGCCGUAGCAGCGCGCUAUUCCCAUCAUCAUUAUUCUUUGGCUGCAUCCGCCUCUCGUCUGGGCCUGGACAUCAGCUACUGGCAGCGCAUCCAUCCCCAGAUCCAGAUGGCGAAUCUCCUAGCCUGGAACCGCAGUACGCGCAAAACCAUAGCCACCAUAGGCUAUCAGUGGAACUUCUGGAACUCGGCCGUGCACGGGAUGAUCGAUUCGGAUGCCUCCGUGGGUUUUAUGUGGACCAAAUAUUUGCAUCAUCUGCCGUUGCAAAUGGGUUUCAGUGUGGUAAUGAGCCUGCCCACCGAUAGGUUUGCCUUCGGGAUGCGUUUUGUGCUCGAUCCGAGCGGGUUGAGGCGCGACUAAUGAUUUUAAUUAAUUAUACUAUUUUUAUCAUAUUACCAAAUUAUCAAUCAAAUAUCAUAGUCCAGAGUUAAGAGAAUUACAAAUUUACUGUUUGGAA